GUUGAAAAUACUGGUUUGCGUCAGUUUCCGUUCCCUUGGUGCCGGCUCUUUAAAUUUUUUGUUUAAAAUUAAACAACGUGGGAUUCAAUUUUUAAUUAUAAAUUAAAUAAAUUAAAUAUAAUUGCUGCAAUUGCUGGUUGCAUUUAAUUAAGUGAGGUGAUCGUUUUUCAUUCGUACAUACACAUUGAAAAAGAAGGAAAAACACAGAAAAAUUAAAAGUUGAACCAAAAAAAAAAAAAAAUUCGUGUAGGAAUUUCGGGAAAAAUUUAAAAUUUUAAAUAAAAUAUGCAAUCCGCGGAAAAAAUGUUAAGUCUAAAGUGGACGAGUUUUCCCUCGCAAUUGGCAAUUUCAAUGGAUACAUGUUAUGAAAAACAACAAUUUGUCGACGUAUCACUUGUAUGUAAAGAUGGUACAAUAUUAAAAUGUCAUAAAAUGAUAUUGGCAAAUGCAAGUACAUUUUUUUCACGUCUAUUAAUUGUUGCAAAUGAUCAUCCACAUCCAAUGAUUAUUUUACAUGAUAUUGAAGCUGAUGAUUUAAAGACAAUUAUUAAUUUUAUGUAUUGCGGUGAAAUACAAGUUGUGCAAAGUGAGGUUAGAAGAUUAUUAAAAAUAGCAAAUAUCCUCGAAGUAACCGGUCUUACGCAAAUACAAACAAUUGAAACAGGAAGUCCAAUAAGUCAUCAACAUGAUAGUAUUUUUGAAACAGCUAGUGGAAGUAAAAAUAAUAAUAAUAAUGGUACUGAGGUUAUAAAUUCAUUUAAUAAAUCAAUCAUCGGACAAAGAUUUGACUCAAGUAGUAGUAAUAGUAGUGGGGGCACACGUUUUGAUUCAAAUAUAACAACAACAACAACUACAACAAUAAGUAGCAAUAAUCGAAAUUACGAAACAAAUAAUAGUAAUCCAUUUGCUGGAUCAAAAUAUGAAGUAAAUUCACCGAGAUAUGAUUAUAAUUCAUCGAUACGUUUUGAUGGUAAUUCAACUGGAUUACGUUAUGAAACAGGAAGAAUGCAAAUUACACAACGAUUACCUUUAAGAAAUAAUAGAGAAAUUUUAUCGCCAAAAAAAUUAGAAAUUACAAAUCGUUGCUCACAAGAAUCACGUAAAGAAAUAAGUACAGAAAUUAUACAAAAUAAUCGUUUACGUUUGGCUAAAGCUGGAAUUGAUAUUCAAGAAGUUAACAGACCAGGAACAAGUAGAAGUCCCCAACUACAACAAUUGGGAACAAAACGAAAAGAAUCCGAAUCUAAUCCCUUGAGUUGGACACGUGUUUUAAAUAUGUUAUCACGUGACAAUCAAUUACCGGUAAAAAAACUUUGUAUGAUGGAUGAAGUUGAAAUAUCGCCAAGUAAAAUUACAACACAACAAUCACAGUCUUCGAUACAAUUUUCUCCACGCGCUUCCAAUUCAUUAGAACCAAUUGAAUUAUUUAUUAAAGACGACAAUGAAUUUCCAUUUGAGACAAAUAAUGCAAAUAUCUGAUCUUUAAUCACAAAU